AAAUCUGGGGGUGUAAUGUUAUCAUAUAUCACGCUACCUCGUAAAACCGACACCGAAGCCUACCGGACAACAAAUCACGUCAAAAUUAUGAGUUCUUCGUAUUAUGUGAACGCUCUUUUUAGCAAAUAUACGACGGGGGCUGCUUCUCUGUUCCAAAAUGCGGAGCCCACGUCUUGCUCCUUUGCUACCAACUCCCCCAGAAGCGGCGGCGGCGGCGGCGGCGGCUAUGGACCAGGCGCUAGCGCGUUCACCUCCUCCAUGCCUGCCUUGUACAAUGUGAACAGUACCAUAUAUCAAAACCCGUUCUCUUCCGGAUACAGCCUGGGUUCAGACGCCUACAACCUGCACUGUUCCUCUUUCGAUCAGAACAUUCCCGUCCUCUGCAAUGACUUAACCAAAACCAGCUGUGAGAAAGCGGAGGAAAGCAACCUUCAUAGCCAGGCUGAGAGUAAUUUCCGGAUAUACCCCUGGAUGAGGUCUUCAGGUCCGGAUAGGAAGAGAGGGCGUCAGACCUAUACCCGUUACCAAACUCUGGAGCUGGAGAAAGAGUUCCAUUUCAACCGCUAUUUGACCCGCCGCCGGAGGAUAGAGAUUGCCCACGCCCUGUGCUUGACGGAGAGGCAGAUCAAAAUCUGGUUUCAAAACCGGCGCAUGAAAUGGAAGAAGGAGCAUAAAGAAGAGGCCGUCGGUGGCGCCCCGGCGGCCAACGACAGCACAUCAGCCGCUCCCUCUGUGGAGAAAGUGGAGGAGGAGGAGGAAGAAGAGGACGAAGCGGAAUGAAUGAACGAGCUCCCCUCCCGGGCUCACCACUCGCCCGAGUCAGCUCUCGUCUUCUGUAUGCACGUGACAUUGUGAACGCUCUCUUGAAAUAAUAAUUAAAAUACAUUGGGGGGGGGAAGACCCUUGUAAUAGUCAAUUCCAACGGGGGGGAGGAGAGUUCUCUUCGACUGGCCCUCCUGAGAGCAUCCAAGAUACAGUUCUGUGUAAACUAGGAGUAAAUGAUCACUGGAAUACCGGACCAGUUUGGUUUUAAAUAUCCAAACCUGUUGUAUUUUUGUUGUUGUUGUUGUUACAUGAUAGACGGAUAGAUAUUGGGGUUUUUUCCCCUGGUGUUUGUGAUGGAGGGGAAUCAUGACUUGCACAUGUUAAGGGGCAAAAAAGCAAAGCAAGCCCCAUAUAAGUUAAUUUCUAAAUAAACUACCUGACUCUAUUGGUCCCAUUCAGUCGCUAAGGGAUAAGUGCAUUAGGCUCACACUCAAACUACCUAAUUUACACUGAAGAUCUAUGUACUUCCAGUUACGGGGUUUCUGUUGUUCUUUCUUUGCUUAAAUAACCUGCAGAAGGAUGAGGGGUGUGUGAAGUCCUUGGGGGAAAAAUAGCAAUGAAUAAACCACUACACUCAACUACAGUGAUUUGUACUACCUAUUUUCAAAACUACCUAUUAUCUAGUUCCGCCUACCUAUCUUCAAAAUUAAACUGUAUUUUAUUAAUGCAAAACGGGAUGAUUACAAUAUUAAAGUAACUUCCGUGUAGGACCUGAAGCUUAGAGAAGAAGGCAUAAAAAGGGGGGGGAAUCGGAGGCCUUCCAGGUCUGACGUGGGUUUUGAUGCCGAGUAUUGUUGAGUAUAAUUUAAAGUUUUUAAAAUAUAAUAAUAUAUUUAUUCUAAGGCUAUUAUUAAGUGGAAACAAUAUGCUGCAAUAGAAGCUUUCUUCACUAGUCUUGGCUAGAACCAAUUUGGUGGAGGUGAAAAGGGUUGUUGUAAAGAUUGUACAAAGCGGCUUCAUCUCCUCUUUUUUGUCCAGCACUCUUCUUGGCUGAUUAAAUGUUUCCUUUUAAUUUCUCUAUUGUUCUGCUUGAUGCAACUGAAGAAAAAUGGAUAACAAGAGAAUUUAAGCAAUGGCCAUAUAUAUCUACUUCCAACCCCUUUCCAUCCCUCUUCCUAGUACCAGAAUAUGUUACGUCUGAAGCAGCCUUGAUUUUCAUGACUAUUAACAUAUCUCGUAUACUGGGAUGAAACUUCUGUUUUUCUUGGACCUCAUGUAUAAAUAUAACAUGUCAUAAACUGGGUAAACUUCGUAGCAUGAUGCAAUGUUCAUAACUCUGUAUUAAUAAAUUCUGCCAUGAAAGUUUUGGCUAAACUUUAUUCAUGAAUUGUACGUUACAAUGUGUUUUUCACUGUGUUCAUUGUGAACAUUGAGGUAUCUCGUGUAAAAAUUGACGGGGGGAGUGCGUGCGUGUGUGCUUGAGCGGGAAUUCUCUUUGGAAGUACUUUUGUGUAUCGCCCGCGUUCAAUGUGUUUUAUGUUACAAAGAAAUAAAAAUGCUUGUGGGACAAUG